AUGCUCUUGGCUAUGGGCCCUGCCGCCUAUUGCUGGUGGAACCAAGCGGGCCGCGCCGAGCUGGCUGACACCUACCGUGGUGGCGCACACCCAACGGUGAACGCCACAUGUAGCAACGUUCCUGAGGCGACCCCAGGAGCUCAUCACCGGCCGAUACUUGUCCUCGGUAGCGACUAUGUGAAUGAGGUCGCUUGCGGCGGCAUCAAUGGUCUUUUGAUGAUGGUCGCAACCGUUGUGGCAGGUAUUGGCAUCGACAUGCCUGGACCACACAUUUUGGCCAUGGGAAUGGCAAGCCUCAUUUCCUAUGGUUUUUCCAUGGGCUUCGGAGCCUUUAUGGUUGAGGAAGCCAAAGAGGGUUUCGCGCUGAGUCAACUCGAGGAAGAGUAUAGUGAAGUUCGUAAUAUGCCUCAUUCUGAAGUUGAAGAGAUGAUUUGUCAUUACAGGAAGCGAGGGCUUUCUGAGGAGGACGCUAAACGAGUUGCGCAUAUCUUCUCGCAGUAUGAGGACUUUUGGGUCCACCACAUGAUGGCCGAGGAGCUAGGCAUCCAGAUGCCACGUGGUGGGACGGCAGCCAUGAAGUCUGGCCUGGCUACUGGCACUUCCUUUCUGGUCUUCGGCCUGGUGCCACUGCUUGGUUUGAUCAUUUCCACCGGCCUGCGGCAUUGCGCUGGCCCUGCGUGGUAUCGCCCGCAAUUCUCCACAGCCAUGUCCCUCACCUUGAGUGCCUUUGCUCUACUUUUGCUGGGAGCUUUGGUGAGUCGUUUGGUGGGCAGCCGAACUCCCUUGGUGAGUGGAAUGAUCAUGCUAGCAAACGGCUUUGCAGCCUCCAUCAUGGCCUUCGCCGUCAGUCAGCUACUGUCCAAUGAGAUGGUCAACAAGGCAAGUCCUGUGCAGGGUCCAACAGUGCCGUCUCAACCAAGCGUCCAAAGGCUUUGCUCUGACAGCGCUGGCUCUUUGGAGCACUCGCCACGGCACGGCGCAUUGAAGCCAGGGGCCUGGCCCACCUUUCGGCAUCAGUUCUUCCUCAGCAGCGGUGGUCUGUGGGUGGCUGUAUGUUCUGCCAUCGUGGCAUGGCAAACAACCUCCAGGGCUGCCAGCGCCUUCGAACGCAUGCACUUCGAGCUAGUUCGAGUCUUUGCGUAUGGUUUGUUGACCUGUGUGACCACUGGGCUGGGGGCGGUGCCAUUCCUGGUGGUCAAGCCUGGACCAAUGGGUAUCGGCUUGGCAGUGGCAAAUGCAGUGGCCGCUGGCAUGAUGCUGGCCGCCUCCUUCUCCAUGGUCUUUGAGGCCCAUGAACAUUCUGGACCCUACGACUGGCAGCUCUUCGUGGGCCUGGUAGCUGGAGCCCUCUUCAUCCGAGCCAGCGAAUGGCUCCAUGGGGCCGAUGAAGAGGAGGAAGAGGGGAUUGCUGCCUUGCAUGAUGCCUUGCUUGAGAGGAAGCAUUGGAGAAAGGCGAUGCUCAUUUUCACUGUCAUGUUCUGUCACUCUGCUGCAGAAGGUAUCGCCGUGGGAGUGGCUUUCAGCAGGCAGUUGAACCAUGAGUUUGGCAUUUACAUUUCACUACUACUGGCAGUGCACAACGUUCCAGAGGGCUUGGCAGUGGCACUGGUGCUAGUUCCCCGCGGCGUUUCGGCAACCUUGACUGCCUUCAUCGCGAUCUUGACCAGCGUCCCACAGCCCGUACUGGCCCUAGCCGCAUUCUUGUUUGUGGAGGUGUUUCAAGGCCUCCUACCCAUCGGCUUAGCAUUUUCUGCAGGCGCAAUGGUCUACGUGUGUUUGCACGAGCUGUUGAUCGAGUCCAUGGAACAGUUGGGUGUCACCAAAGCCGUGUUGGCAUCCUCGCUGUCCUUUCUGACCAUGUCAGCCUGCAUCUGUUUGUUGCAGUCUCUCACAGGUGUUUAAAAAUGACUUGGUGUUCGAAGGUUGCAAAGGAUGCCUGGAAGAGUGCCCAGAGUGGCCCAGCAAUACCGAGCGACCCGGCCGAAGAAUGGUCAGGUCAUGGUUUUUUCCCGAUUUUUUAAUGAGCACCUGACUGGGGUUGUUUCACUGGGACCCACGGGUGAGAACAAAACAGGGAUGAG